AUCACCUCACGAAAACAGGAAACGCUCAGACGGCACAGCCCCCUCGCCAUUCCCCGGUCAGCGCUGAGAUGCCUGUAAACACGCAUCCGGGACAGCAAGAGCGCUUCUGCAUGCAAGCACCAGACCUGAUCGCCUUAAAAACAACCUAGAGCGGCCGCAAGCAAAUGUCUCAACAGGAUUUUGUUAUGUUGACGGCUGCAGGGAGUGCUCAUUUUUAAGCUGGUCUCUUUGCCUCUCGAAACUUUGGGAGAGCUGAGAUGAUGAUGGAAAGCAUCAAUGGAAUCUAAGCUGUCUUACUAAAUUAUGUUUCUACAUCUAAUUGAAGACACAGGCCCCCUGACUAGACAAGCUGCAGCAGCUGCUUCUACAGACUGGAAAAAAAAAUUGACUCCGGAGCAAUUCUAUGUUACACGAGAAAAAGGAACUGAACCGCCAUUCAGUGGGAUCUAUCUGAAUAACACAGAAGCAGGAAUAUACUGCUGUGUGUGCUGCAAUGCCCCCCUCUUCAGCUCAGAGAAGAAGUACAAUUCUGGGACUGGAUGGCCAUCUUUUUCUGAGGCUUAUGGUACUUGUGGCAGAGAUGAAAGUAAUACCAAUAUUGUGAGACGACCAGAUAACUCACUGGGGUCAACUAGAACUGAAGUCGUCUGCAAACAGUGCGACGCCCAUCUAGGCCAUGUGUUUGAUGAUGGACCCACACCUUCUGGGCAGAGGUUCUGUAUCAACAGCAUUUCAUUAAACUUCAAACCAGGCUCUGGUCAUUGAGAAGUGGCUCUCUCUGGCUUACAGAACAUUCUUUUUCUGCUCUUACAGCAUGCUUGCAAAAAACUCUCUCACUUUUAAUAUAUAACUUGAGUUUUAGUAUCUAUGCUGUAGUAGCUUUGUUUUCCAGCUGUUUUCAUUGCUGAUAAAGUACAUAUUUUUGUUGUAACUCUUUGGCAUAGUUACUGUCUUUUCAUAGUUACUGUGGCAUGUUGAUCUGCUUAUUGUAUUUUUUAAUUAAAAUAUGUGCAAUAGUUCACGUUCACCGCUAUCAUCGUUAACUGUAUUGAAGCUGCUGGAAUGAGGCGCUCUCCUGAACCUGACUGCCUAUUCUGAGCAGUAGUUGUGGCACUCAGGAACACAGAUGUACAUGGCUGAUCAUGGCAAAGCUUAUACUUCUGUAAAAUCAUCAUAUCCUUUUAAAGGGAAGCAAAAAUAAUAUGAAUCUUCAAAUAAGGUCUGAGGGGGGUUUUCCCCCUGAUGUGAGAGACCUUUAGCUGAGCCAAGUGACUUUUCUGUGAACCCAUAAAAGCAAAGUCCUGAAGGAGGACCUAAUUAAAACUAUUCCAGGCAGUGGAACCAGUGGAGGCAUGGAGUCUUUCUUCUUUUAAAUCAAUUAUUUUGAUUCUGUGUCCAAUAGCAAAGUUGAAAUAAGGUUUGCUCCAGAAACUUCUCUUACAGCAAUUAUAUAAUAAUAAUGUGUAAUAUGUUCAGACUUCUGUUAUCACUUGUGUAUUUCAGAAUCAAAAAAUAAACAUGAAUGUGAAAUUUACUCUAUUUGGGGGAAAUAAAUCAGCAUCAAAAAGAAGGCUUGGUAAA